UUCACAUCACUUUCGCUUGUUUACUUCUCUGUAUCCCUUUGACCGUCAGACACGAUGGCCAAAACAGAAAAGGACGCCAUCGCCAAAGGCGGCAGCGCGCUUAACCCGCGCACGACCUCUUACGAGUUUCUCGGCCCCCCCGGCGCGUUCCUCAUCUCCGUCGGUGUGCCCAUCAUGACCUUCGCGCUUUACUAUGGCUGCUCCGAGGAGACCGGCGGCUGUCCACCCACGCUCGACCUCACCACCAUCUCAGAGCGCGUCCAGGACGCGGUGAAGAACCCCGAGUGGUGGGUAUCCCUCUGGGACAAGGAAGCCGCGACGAUGUAUGCGGCGUGGUAUGCCUUCUGCGUCGUGGCGUGGGCGAUUUUGCCGGGUGACUGGAUUGAGGGGGUGCAGAUGAGGACUGGGGGGAGGAAGCAGUAUAAGAUUAAUGCGUUCUCAACGUUCCUCCUUGCCAUGGGUAUCGCGUCCGGCUUUAUACUUCGCAACGGCCCCGAGGCGUUCACUUUCAUAUACGACAAGUGGGUUGGCUUCCUCACCGCUGCUCUCGCCAUGUCCGUCUUUCAAGCUUUGUACGUCUACGCCAUGUCCUUCCGCUCUGGCGCGCUCCUCGCCCUCGGUGGAAACUCCGGUAAUCCCAUCUACGACUGGUACAUCGGACGCGAACUCAACCCCUCCGUCGGCUCCUUGGACAUCAAAUCCUUCAACGAGCUCCGCCCCGGCCUCAUCCUCUGGGUGCUCAUCGACCUCUCCAUGGUCUGCACACAAGCCGCGCGCCGCGGCGGCUGGGCGGAGGUGACCGCGUCGAUGUGGCUCGUGCUCGCGUUCCAGACGUGGUACGUCGCCGACGCGCUCUACAACGAGCCCGCCAUCUUCACGACGAUGGACAUCACCACCGACGGCUUCGGGUUCAUGCUCGCCGUCGGCGACCUCGUGUGGGUGCCGUUUGUGUACUCGCUUCAGGCGCGGUACCUCGUGUUUGAGCAGGUCGAGCUCGGCCCCUAUGCGACGGCGGGUAUUGUGGCUGUGAAUCUGCUGGGGUACUAUAUCUUCCGCGCCGCGAAUGGGGAGAAGAACGAUUUCAGGAACGGGAAGAACCCUAAGAACCUCGAGUUCUUCGUCACCAAAUCCGGCUCCAAGCUCCUCACCUCGGGCUGGUGGGGCCGCUCGCGCCACCCCAACUACUUGGGCGACCUCGUCAUGGCGUUCGCAUGGUCGCUGCCGACCGGGUUCAACACGCCCAUCACGUACUUCUACGUCAUGUACUUCGCCGUGCUGCUCAUCCACCGCCAGAGGCGCGACGACGAGGCGUGCGAGAAGAAGUACGGCGAGGACUGGGAGGUGUACAAGAAGAAGGUUUCCUCUCGGAUCGUGCCGUACAUCUACUAAGCAGGCUGUAGCGCGGUUGUUGUUUCGAGAGUUCCUUGGCGAUAUCGACGCGAAAGAGGAGUGAAAUCAGUUAACAUGUUACAUUUGUCUCCGACAGUUAGUUUGCUCUUUAUAUAAUCUAAAAUGC